AUGAAAGGCAUGAUCCAGGUAGAUAUUAUCUCCUGGUUGGUUCUCAAUGGCUUGGUGAAGGACUUGAAGAAAAGCCGUCUACUUUGCCAGCAAAAUGCCCGCAACCUCUGGAGAGAGCAUGCCACAUCCCACUUGGAAAGCGCACCGUCUGACGUGCACAAGUGGCUAACAAGCUCCAAGACCAAGACUUGUUUGGACUGCCUGCGAAACAGAAUCGACUUCACGGUCUCGAACGCAGUCAAGACCUCAGUCAAGCGACUGCAAAGUCUCGCAGAGACGGAGACUGCAUGUUGCCUUUUUCGUAUCGACAGGAAUUUGACGCCAUCCGUCGAGCUUGCCUUGGAAGUGAAGAAGCCGUAUUCAUGCACAAACAUGUCUGAUUCGGUGUCGGAAAACGAGAGUGCAGAGGGAGGGCUCGAGCUGGGUGGAGAGCAGGUGCAGGAGCAAGAACAAGAGCAAGAGCAGGAGCAGGAGCAGGAGCAAGAACAAGAGGAGGAGAUGGAAAUAGAGCAAGAGCAAGAGCAUGUUCCGGAGGCUCCGGCUCGGCUGCAAUAUUCUCGAGAUGAUGAGGCGCCAAAGCCGUGGCCAAUUCAGGCCUUGACGAAGGAUCUGGCUUCUUGCGGACUGCCCUUCUAUCCCCUGACUGACUUUGCUGUCAACAAAGGCAUCAUGGGACACAAAGUUGAGUCAUUGCAGGGCCUGCCUCAGUUCAUAUUGCUCAGUGACAACUACUAUCGGAGGUCCUGGCGGCUGUCCUCUGUGCGGCGCCUCAAGAAUGUAAUUUGUUUCCUUGAGUGGGUCCCGGACGUUGCAUCGUUGGCCACACUUGCCGUGCCAUGGCAACUCAGUGAGCGUCAACGCGAGCGAUUGAAAGAGGUGUACAAUCUGUAUGACACGGAUGGCGACAAAAAGAUCCAGGGCCAUGAGUUGCGCGCGUUCUUUCAAGCGUUGGACUUGGAUGAGGAAGGUGAGGACAUCCAGAAGAGGCAUGACGGGUCCUUAUCUCUUCAGGAGAUUGAAGAGGAACUGGCCAAGGAGACUUUCUACCGCAUGCAGAAAGGGCGGUACUUCGUCGCUUUGUCACUGGAGGAGGCCGAGCAUCUCAGAGCUUCGAUGCAUCUUUUGACGAAGACUUCCUGGCGUUCCUGCGGCUUGGCCUUGCGUUGCCUCGGCAAUUUGGAGUCCAUGCUGGAUUCGUCAAUGCUGGACGAACAUGGGCCAGCAACGAAGUCAGCCGAACUUGGCUACCAGCUCGAGGUUGCGGAGCAGGUCCUUCGCUUCACAAACUCGGCUGCCAACUUUCAGGCACGUGAGCUGAGCAUUCUGCUGCGCUCUCUCCAGCGAACAGAGAUGCCAAAGCGAGCUCCAUGGUGGUUGGACAUUCGAGACGCUCGCAGCUACCAUGGCAGCAGCGGUGCCCUGAGAUGCAAUCCCGCUGCCCCUCGCGAAGGAGCGAGCCUUGGCUUGCAGCUUUCUGCCAGUACGAAUGAGAGAGUGCAGCGCAAGGUGUUCGCAGAAACUGAUGGGCUGGAUGAUCUGGCUGUGCGUGCAUUCCUGCGACUGACUCCAGCGGACGCAUUCAUGAAGCUGGACUCUGACCGAAGCGGGUCCAUCGACGACAAAGAGCUGACAAAGGGCUUGGAGUGGCUUGGCCUUCGCAAGGCGGUUGCCAACAACACUCGGUGGCCGCAGCACGUUGCCAAAGUCUUCAAGGUCAUGGACGCAGAUGGGGACGGCUUGCUAUCUUUGAAUGACUUCAAGGGGGCCCUGGAAUUGGACGAGCAGGAUUGGCAAAGCGUUCCAGCCGCGUCUGUCAUGCGAGGGACGGACUUACCGCUGUCAUCUCGACCACCAAUGCCGACACUGGUCAAACCUCCAGGCAAGGAGCAAGUGAAGCUAGGUGCGGAAGAUGUCAGGUGGUUGCCCAGUGGCAGAUUUCGCUUCAAAUGGCAGCGGGCUUCUAAGUGCGAAUGGCUUGAGCUUGCCUCUUUCAUGGAGUUCCUUUUCCGGCUCAAGCAGCCAAGGCCCCAUGGAGACUUUGUGGGGACCUUGUGCUGCAAGGGCUCUCUGUUUCUUGAGUUGGUGAGCAGCACGGAGUUCCAGGCUGAAGUGUGGAACACACAAGGCUCAGAGCUGGGUAUCAGAAGAAACCUGGUGGAAUUCGCAGUCUGGGCCUAG